AUGGUGGCCGAGACAAUGCCAGCGACUUCGGACGCCGUGCCUCUGCUGGGUAAGUCCGUGUGAUUUUGCUUUCAUCGGUUUUUAUCCUUCAGAGUCUCUUGUCUUUCUUUCUUUCUUUUUUUUUUUUUAAUAUUUAUAAAUGGGGCGAAACGUUGGUUACUGUCUUGAAUAUUUCAAUGUCCGAGAGACCAAGAUAUGACAGAGAACAUUCGUAAACACGUUCCGUCUCAUAAACCUGCACGAUCGAUCGAUCGAUCGAUCGAUCUCGGUGCUUGGAUCACAUACUGUACCGGUACUUCAUACCAGUAAUAAACAGUGAUGCUUGUUGUGUACAGUCCUUUAUCCUCGACUGAAGAUUAUUGCAUCGAGAAACUAUUCCACUGGCAGUAGUAACAGAUCGUACAAAUCAGACGCGGAGUUGGAAUAACGUCCGUUGAUAUCUUGAUUAGGAAUACCCGAGGAGAGCGUUUCGAAGUUACACGGUUGAUAUUUCAAUCUCAGUGUAUCGACUAAUUUCGCUACUAAUUUCGACGUAACUUACAACAUAAACAUUAUUUACACAACGAUGCCCAAUUUGACUAGACGGUUAACUAACUUGUCACUUGUUGUUGGUUAUACUUUUCUCGAAUUUGUUUCUCAUAUUUUCACAGGGACGUACUUCAACUGUAUUAUGUUUAUGGUGGCCAGCAGUGUUGUCAGCACCAUUCUCAUUUUAAAUUAUCAUCAUCGGAACUCUGACACUCAUGAAAUGUCCGAAUGGGUGAAAGUGGUAUUCCUUUAUUGGCUGCCUUGUAUACUCCGUAUGUCACGACCAACUGAUAAAGAAGAGAGAGAGGCGCAAAAGUCUCAAAAACCGUCUCCAGUCACCGGUGCUAGCAAAAGUCACGGUGACCUGGAGCUUCGUCAGAGGAGCAGCAAGUCCCUCCUAGCGAAUGUCCUGGAUCUCGAGGACAACGCUCUGGCGUCACAUAAUAACCUCCUGAAUAACGUGUACAGUACCCCUGGUCCUCACCAUCAUACGAUGGGUCACGGGCACAGUCACAUUCACACGACGCCUCAUCAUCAUCACAGCCACGCUGCAACGCCGCAUCAUCAACACUCGACGCCAUUGGCACACUCCUCUUAUCCGGCGGCGAUUCAGAUUGGCCACACGCCGCAUCAUCAUCCGCAUCCACCAGAUACGCCAGGCCCUCAGGUCGAAACGAUACUGCAAAACGCGUGUUUCUGUGCUCGAAACGAACUCAUUAUGAUCCUCAAAGAAAUUAAGGUAAUCGUAACACUCUCUCUUCUUCUGUCCAAAAAAAAGUUUAAAAGCAGUACGAAAUCCUCAGAUUUCUACGUUUCAUUCCAACGAUCCAAUUUCCCUCCAACGUUGCACUUCGCUUCGCGCUUGUCGGUGGUUUAAAAUACGAAUUAGAAACUCGCCACACGUGUUGCCACGUAAUUCGGGUCUCUCUUUUAUUAAACAAGAGCGUCUACUUGCUGUACUCUCAAGCACCCGACAGAGGUUUUACAAACUCUGGAGUCGUUUGUUUUUUUUUUUAUUUUCAAUAGAAAGAAGCGCCGUCCAUUAAUAAUAACGAGAAUGACAAUUAA